AUGAAUGAAGGCGGAUCGCAUGUCAUGCACACCGAGCGAGCUCCCACUUGUCACUACCAUCCCCUCAAACCAUGUCCUGCGCCGCAGUUUUCGGACGUGAGAGGUGGGUCCUGCACAAGGCUCCACAUGUCCCACACAUCCCUGAGAUUUUCCUAUUUGUUCCUAGCGUGUAUCGUCAAUACAUCUCCCAAGUAG